AUGUAUAUUGUCAAGCUUCAAUAUCUUGAACCUCAUGUACGUGAUGCAUCAGCUGUACAACUUAGACAUAAUAUCAAGACGUACUAUAACAACUUUGUACCAUUGGUACAGAGUUAUAUAAAGAGAGAGGUUGUCAAUAUAUUGUCCGAUCCAGACAUCAACAUACGCCAUACUGCAUCCAACCUAAUAGUUAACAUCAUCUCCAAGAGUUCACUUGAAGAAUGGACUGACCUACUGCCAUGGCUACUGUCUGCAUUGGACAAUAUGAAUGAACUGUUGGUCGAGGGAGCAUUGUAUUCACUAUCAUUGAUGUUUGAGGAGUUUCCAGAUGAGAUAAUCGAGUGUGAUUUGGAUGGCUCCAUCAUCGAUCAGAUGAUACCUAAGCUCAUGGAGUUCUUGGACUCCCCUUCUCAAUGUUGUAAGAGACGUGCGCUGACAUGUCUACUCAAUCUAAUCGAUGCAAUGCCUGAUUCACUGUUGGCAAACAUGGACGACUACUUGCAUGGACUGUUCUCAUUGACUGAUGACGAGGAUGAUGGCAUCAGGAUCAAAGUGUGCCGAUCAUUGGUUGCAUUGGCAGAGGUGCGCAUGGACCUACUCACGCCUUACAUCGAUCAAAUCAUUGAGUUCAUGUUGCAUACACUCAAGGAUGAGAAUGAGAGUGUGGCAGUCGAGGCUACAGAGUUCUGGUGGGCCAUCGCAGAGUCAUCACAAUGUCAGGACCUGUUACAAGAGUCACUUCCAAAGUUGAUCCCAAUCCUACUCAAUCUGAUGGUAUACCCAGUCGACCAAGAGGAUUCCGACAGUCAAUACAAUGACCUCGAUGAGAAUGGUCAAGCCAAGGUCGAGCAGGACAAGGACAAGGACAAGGACAAGGACAAGGACAAGGACAAUGAUGAUCAAGAGGCGGAGGACGUAGAGGCAGAGGAUGAUGAGGAGGAGGACGAAGAUGGAUCAUUGACAUUGAGAAAGAACUCUGCACAAGUCUUGGAUACAUUAUCGACCAUCUUUGAAAGCAAUGAGUACUUGUCAAUUGUGUUACCACUUAUCGAGAAUAGGAUGAACCAGUCAAGUACAUGGACAGACAGAGAGAGUGCAAUCUUAACACUGGGAGCCAUUGCCAAAGGUUGCUACGAUGGCCUCGUACCACAUCUUACAACAAUCAUACCAUACCUGAUCAACACACUGAACGAUCCCAACCGAUUGGUUCGAUCGAUCACGUGCUGGACACUCAGUCGCUACGCAUGCUGGAUGUCAAGCAGUGAGGCAGAGGAGUUCAUUGGUCCACUGGCAAUCAACUUGUUGAACAGGAUACUUGACCCAAACACGAGGGUACAGCGUGCAGCUUGCAGUACAUACUCAAUCAUCGUAGAUGAAGCCGUGGCCUAUUUGGUACCAUACCUUCCCAACAUUAUAUACACAUUGGUACAAGCAUUCGAAAAGUACAACCACAAGAACCUGCCACAUUUAUACGAUGCAUUGACAGCCACAGCCAGUUCAUUUGGUGGAGAGAUCAACAAACCAGAGUACAUAACUUUGUUAUUGACACCAUUACUUGAGCGAUAUAAUACUCUGGAGGACACAGAUGAUAAUCUACUUCGGCUGAUACGUUGCCUCACGCCAAUAUGUGCCGCGAUUGGCGACGCACUACAAGACAUAGCGGUGAUAUUCUUUAAUCGAUCAAUCAAACUUAUUGUCGACACGUUGAAUGCUGAGAAGCGUUUCAUUCAAACACCGAGCGAACAGAUUGAACCAAAUCGUGACUUUAUCAUUGCGUCGUUGGAUCAACUUGGCGGCCUGACAAUGGGCAUGGGAAGGAUGAUGGAGCCAUUGAUGGCAUCCAGUAAUCUCGCUCUUAUCAUGAUAGAGUGCUUCAAACAUUAUCUGCCGGAUGUACUCGCCAGUACAUUUGCUUUGCUCGGUGAGCUCUGCCAGCAUUGUUCAGCACAACUUCGACCAGUACUUCCAGCCAUGCUGGCUUGCGUCACAGCCAAUCUCAGCACCAGCCUGGGAGGCGAUGAAGAAGACGACAACAACAACAACGUCAACAACGAGGCAGUAUGCAAUAAUGCAUGUUGGGCAUUGGGAGAGCUGCUCAUUGAGGCACCAGACGAGGUGAGCCCCUUUGUUGAAGAUGCACUUGUACAGCUGAUUGACAUCAUCUGCACUAGCCAACACAGCGGGCUCACUUACAACGCAGCCAUUGCACUUGGUAGACUUGGCCUGAUCAACACCAAGAUGUGCGCCGAGCACAUCGACUUGUAUAUACACCACUGGUGUCAGGUCAUGCAGGGAAAAGAUAUCGAGCAGGAGCGCGACAUUACAUUCGUACAUGGAAUGUGCGCGGUGAUCAUACGCGAUCCCCUUGGAGUCGCCAAUCAUAUAACCGACAUCCUUCAGACGUUCAGCAGUUGGAGCGAUGCCGUUCCAGACGACAUUAACGAACUCAUCAAUGGACUAUUCCGUACGAUCAAGCAGACAAUGUUUGGAGACGAGGAAGAAUGGAAAGAACAGGUCUUAUUACUUCCAGAUGAUAUACAGCAUGUUCUAAAAGAUCGAUAUCACAUGGAUCUUAAGAUUGAAGAUGGAGACGAUGAAUAA